AAAUGGAUAAAAAAAGAGUAAUGGACACGUUAAGGGCAAGAUCGAAGGGAAAGAAGAUCAAGACACAUCUCUGCUUCUACGACAUACACGGAAGAAUUCCAAGGUCGGAUUAUCAGUAUAUGUAUAUCUUCAUAGAUAGAGAUACACAGACAUACGGAACAUAGGGUAGUGGGAUAUGGGUUGCUCCUCUUCGGUUCCAGAUAGGAGUUUGGGACAGAAGGGAGGUCUUAAUCCUGACAAUGGUGCUGCAAAUGACCCUAAGAAUCUCCGCGUGAAGUUGGUACUGCUGGGUGAUUCUGGUGUUGGAAAAAGCUGCAUUGUUCUACGUUUUGUUCGUGGUCAAUUUGAUCCAACAUCAAAGGUUACUGUUGGGGCUUCCUUUCUAUCGCAGACAAUAGCCCUGCAAGAUUUGACUACAGUUAAGUUUGAGAUUUGGGAUACUGCUGGUCAGGAAAGGUAUGCAGCGCUAGCGCCACUGUACUACAGGGGUGCUGCUGUUGCAGUUGUUGUAUAUGACAUCACAAAUCCGGAUUCAUUUAACAAAGCACAAUAUUGGGUCAAGGAAUUGCAGAAGCAUGGAAGCCCCGAUAUAAUCUUGGCCCUUGUGGGGAACAAAGCCGAUCUCAUUGAAAAACGAGAAGUAUCUGUUGAAGAUGGAAAGGAGUAUGCUGAAAAGAAUCAAAUGUUCUUCAUAGAAACCUCUGCUAAGACAGCAGACAAUAUAAACCAGUUGUUCGAGGAGAUUGCGAAGAGGCUGCCGGGACCAUCUGUUUCUUGAUUCGUCAAGCGCGGGGAAGGCAACGAUUCGAUAUAGAUAUGCCUGUACUCUAUUGCUAUGUAAAUAAAAAAGGAAAAAAAUGGUAUCCAGGUUUUUCUUGGGAGAUUUGUCUAACUAUGCAUGGCUGCUCCUCAUUUCUGUCAUUUCUAAAGUGAAAGUUGUCCUCCUUUUAAAGUGUGCUCAUUAUUUUGGAUGCCCAACUGUUACAACAAUAUGUAAGUUUUAGGCAUUUCUUAUUUCUUUUUGUUUGAGUGAUAUUCUCUAAUCAUAUUCACUCUUGUUUUUCUCUGCAGUCAUUUUGUUGGGCCUUCUUGUUGGUAUGAUAUCUGUCCAUUGGGAUGGAAAAUUGGGUCCUAGGAUGCUCCUGCCUAGGUGCUCUUUAUCGCACCUGCUCCUCUCAUGCAGGUGCCUCCCGCACCUGCUACCCCUCUUGUGCAUGGACAUGUGCUAGGGGCGGGCGGUGCUGGAGGAGUAGGUGUGGUAGGAGUCUGGGUAGGAAGUUUUCCAUGGGUAGGAUGUUUUCCAUCCGAAUUGACAUAUAUCCGUUCCAACAAGAGUGUCCAGCCCAUUGACAGAUAUUAUUAGAGAAUAUCGCUCGAACAAAAAUAAACAAGAAAGGUCUAGAACUUGCAGAUUGUUGUAACAAUGGCCCGUCUGUAAGCCAUCUUGGCAAAAAAUGGUAUCCAACUUGGGAGAUUUAUCUAAUGAUGCCCAAUUUGCUUUCAAAGUGAUUCAUGAAAUGGAUAUAUUACUUGCUAUGUCUAUAUUUUUAUCUAGAGCUGGCAAACUAGUCGGU